AUGUCUGGUCUUUACUCUCUCUCCGCAAUCUCGCCUCCGCUGCAGCCACGGGCACCCACACACCACUUCAACGUCGCUCGUUUUUCCACAUACAAGGCUGUUGCAGCUCAAGAGCGGCUAUUUCAUUCUUGCUUGAAGAUAACCGUCUUGGCGCUUGCGUCUAUUGCACGAAAAUCGAACCUUUUCUCUGCCUGGCUCGUGACUCCCUCCCCCCUGCAUCGACCUAGCCAUCCGACUCGUCUCAUGCCUCCCCGGAAUCCCCUCAAUCCUCCGCGAAUCCCUUCUGUCCGCCCCUCACUCCCCUCCUGCCUCUCACUCCCUCAGACUGACCACGUAUCCCCAACGAGCGCGGGGAGAGGCGUCGUUACAGCAGAAAACGUGGCGAGUAUCAACCAGCCCAGCGAAGGCCGCGAGCAGAGCCACCGAAAGCUCCAGAAUGGAGUGAAGACGGCAUCAGAUGGCACGCCAUGCAAUGUUGUGGCCACGCGGACAGCCGGUUCCUGUAGGUCAACGGGGUGCCUUGAAACUCUUUAUAAGCAGCAACGGGACUGUGGUCUCUUGGUUCCUACGACCCAGUCGGGUCAUGGCAAGGGGAAGAUUGGCUCGGGGAGGAUUCCGAUGCCGUUUUAG